AGUUCCGCUUCCGGUUCCGGGCGCAGCCUUGUUUUUAAAUUUUGCAGUCGGCGAUCCUUCUAAGCAGAUUUCUGGUGUCUGGCGCGGGCGUUGAUCCUGAGAGGUUGGCCCCGCCGACAUGGCGGCCUCCACAGCGGCCGGGAAGCAGCGAAUUCCCAAGGUGGCCAAGGUGAAAAACAAAGCCCCAGCUGAAGUACAGAUAACUGCUGAGCAACUCUUAAGAGAAGCCAAAGAAAGAGAACUUGAGCUUCUGCCACCUCCACCUCAGCAGAAGAUCACAGAUGAAGAAGAAUUAAAUGAUUACAAGCUAAGGAAAAGGAAGACUUUUGAAGAUAACAUAAGAAAAAACAGGACAGUGAUUAGUAACUGGAUAAAGUACGCACAAUGGGAAGAAAGUCUAAAGGAAAUUCAAAGGGCCCGAUCCAUAUACGAGCGUGCUUUAGAUGUAGACUAUCGAAAUAUCACACUCUGGCUGAAAUAUGCAGAAAUGGAAAUGAAGAACCGCCAAGUCAACCACGCCCGAAAUAUCUGGGACAGGGCCAUAACAACUCUGCCGAGAGUCAACCAGUUCUGGUACAAGUACACAUACAUGGAGGAGAUGCUGGGCAAUGUCCCUGGCGCCCGGCAGGUGUUCGAGCGCUGGAUGGAGUGGCAGCCCGAGGAGCAGGCCUGGCACUCCUACAUCAACUUUGAGCUGAGGUACAAGGAGGUGGAGCGGGCCCGCACCAUCUAUGAGCGCUUUGUCCUUGUGCACCCUGACGUGAAGAACUGGAUCAAGUAUGCCCGCUUUGAAGAGAAACAUGCUUAUUUUGCCCAUGCCCGGAAAGUGUAUGAGAGAGCGGUGGAAUUCUUCGGAGAUGAACACAUGGAUGAACACCUUUAUGUCGCCUUUGCCCGAUUUGAAGAAAAUCAGAAAGAAUUCGAAAGGGUGCGAGUCAUCUAUAAGUACGCCCUGGAUAGAAUCCCAAAACAUGAGGCCCAAGAACUUUUUAAAAACUACACCAUCUUUGAGAAGAAGUUUGGCGACAGGCGGGGCAUUGAAGACAUCAUCGUGAGCAAGCGGAGGUUCCAGUAUGAGGAGGAAGUGAAGGCUAAUCCACACAAUUACGACGCAUGGUUUGAUUACUUGCGCUUGGUGGAAAGUGAUGCCGAAGCAGAGACUGUGCGUGAAGUCUAUGAGAGAGCGAUUGCUAAUGUACCGCCCAUCCCGGAAAAGCGGCACUGGAAGCGCUACAUCUACCUGUGGAUCAACUAUGCCCUCUACGAGGAGCUGGAGGCAAAGGAUCCGGAAAGGACAAGACAGGUUUAUCGAGCCACUUUGGAACUAAUUCCACACAAAAAGUUCACAUUUGCCAAAAUGUGGUUGUAUUAUGCACAGUUUGAAAUAAGACAGAAAAAUUUACCAUUUGCCAGACGAGCUUUGGGAACAGCCAUAGGCAAAUGUCCAAAGAACAAGUUAUUUAAAGGUUACAUAGAAUUGGAGUUGCAGCUUCGAGAAUUUGACAGAUGCCGGAAGCUUUAUGAAAAGUUCCUGGAAUUUGGACCUGAAAAUUGUACCUCCUGGAUUAAGUUUGCAGAAUUAGAGACAAUCCUUGGCGAUAUUGACAGAGCAAGGGCCAUCUAUGAAUUGGCUAUCAGCCAGCCACGCCUAGACAUGCCGGAGGUGCUUUGGAAAUCAUACAUUGAUUUUGAAAUUGAGCAGGAAGAAACUGAAAGAACACGAAAUCUUUACCGACAGCUGCUUCAGCGGACACAACAUGUCAAGGUAUGGAUCAGUUUUGCUCAAUUUGAAUUAUCUUCUGGGAAAGAAGAAAGCAUCACGAAGUGCAGACAAAUCUAUGAAGAAGCUAACAAAACCAUGCGGAACUGUGAAGAAAAGGAAGAAAGGCUUAUGCUGCUGGAAUCCUGGCGAAGCUUUGAAGAUGAAUUUGGAACUGUAUCAGAUAAAGAAAGAGUGGACAAACUCAUGCCAGAGAAAGUCAAGAAGAGACGAAAGGUUCAGGCCGAUGAUGGGUCUGAUGCAGGCUGGGAAGAAUAUUAUGAUUACAUCUUUCCUGAGGAUGCUGCUAACCAGCCCAACCUCAAACUGCUGGCCAUGGCCAAGCUCUGGAAGAAACAGCAGCAAGAAAAGGAAGCUGCUGAGCAGGAUCCAGAUAAGGACAUCGAUGAGAGUGAAUCUUGAUCUUUUUUAUAUCGACAGAUGUUUUCUUAUUUUCAUAAAUUAAUAGUUUGCAGUACUUAUGACUCCUGAAAGUUUUUAUACUCACCAGUAAGAAUUGUUUGGAAUCUCUGGCACUUUCGAACUGUUUUUAAAGUGCUACUGGGCUUAUUAGAGGGACUGCCGGAAUUCUGUGACUCUACCUCUCUUCCCACAUCCUGCUUUAAGAAAUAUAGUCUCCAUCUAUUCUAAAUGGGCCUGCAAACUUUCCAUUCCUUUUAAAGAAAGUUUUAAGGUUACACUCUAAUUUUUCAGGUGUAAUUUUCUCUUAGCUGCUUCCUAAAGAUAUGUUAUGCAUUCAUCUAAAGCCUCUAAAUUUACUGCCUUCACAGCCACACAGACUGGAGUUCACUUUCCAACACUAUAAGUAGUAACCGUAUAUCUUGCCUUUCCUUUCUUUUUCCUUACUCAAUAAAUGGGUUAGUACUGAUAGCACAUUUGAAGAUUAGAAAAGAAAUAUAUGUGGUACAUUGUAAAUGCUUAUUGUUCCCAGCCAUUUUCUAAGUAUGUUCAUUUUUUUUGUAGAACUCAAUGUGCUUAGAUUGAUGUUAGCAUCUAAAUAUGCUUUUAUAGGAUCAUUUAUGCUAAGGGCUUUUAAAAAUACUACUUGGAAAGUAAUUUGCAGUGACUGUUUCUUAAAAAGGUUUUUCUUUCUUUACCAACUACAAUUUCCAAUUUCAGUUUUAUUAUCAUCAGUUUCCCAAGCUGGUUGGGCUUUGUAAUAGCUUGUUUAAAGAACAAUAGCUAAGCUUGGGAACUCCUAGAUUCAAGUUUAUACCCUGUUAAUUGAGUCUCCUUAUAAUGGGUUUCUUGGAGCCUUUGACAUGUUUCUGUACACUCUAUAUCUUCAUAGCGAUGUUGCCCCAUGGACUGUUCAAUGCACUUCAUGAAGAGUGCAGUUGUUUUACCCAGAAUCCCAGUGUGCCACAGUGCUGGGCUGUCUGCUCAUGACCCCUGCCUGCCACACUAAGCUUGCCCUUGGCAUAGAGCAUGUGGACAAAAACCUUAGGAACUCUAUGCUGAACAGUGAAACUUAAUGUAGGUGAGAGUGCUAGCAUACUCACUAGUAUCGUGCUCACAUUUUCCAGCAGAACUCUUCUGAAAUUGCUUCCUUUAACCUGUCCUGCAAUUUUUUUUGCCUCUCAGCACCAUUAGUGAGCAAAUGAAUUAUUAAAUAUGCAAAUAUCAUUAUCCAAGGGAAUAAAAUAUAAAUUCUGUCUUGAAAAUAAGAUAGUGUUAAAGGGCAAAAGAAAAUAGAACUCUUCAGAUAAAUCCUUUUGGAUUCUGCUUUAGUCACAGGUUGGAUAUCAGUGGUUCUGACUACUGAGUUCUGACUCUGAGGUCGGCAAGGACAAUCUGAUUUAAUAUCCUUUGCUAAGUAUGCAGAGGCAAGGGGUGAUGGAAACAGUCACUAAGCCCUGGUCAGCCUAGCAUUAUCUGUAUAUAUUGCAUGGCUACGAAAGAGGAAGAUCAGUUACCAGUCACGUUUUCAAAGUUAGGACAAGCAUGUGCCAGUAUGAACAUAAAGGAUUCAUUUGUCUCCCAUCCUCAACUCUGCCAAAACAACUCCUUUCUAUUGUUAAAAGAUGUGGGGCCAGGGAGUUAGCUCAGUGGUUCCGCCACCUGCCUUGCAAGCGCAAGGAAUGGAGUUCAAUCCCUGGUACCAAAAAAUAAACAAACAAACAAUAAAGCAAAAGACGUGAACCAUUCCACAUAUAUGUUUCUCUUUGUCACUCACAGGAUACUUUACCACAGCUGUGAAAAUACAUAAUUGGCCUACAGUCUAGUGACUUGUGCAUGGCUUGCCUUUAAGAAUGAGUUCUUUCUUUUAAAACAAAAAACUGAAGUGUUUUUGUUUAAGAAAGGCAGGAUUUAAGCAAACUACCUUGAGAGGAGAAAACAAUUCAGGACCAACAGUCUGAAAACAAGUAACUGGGAAGAAUUACAUGCAGUAAGUUUAAAUGUGCUGGGCAGGGAUUAUUUCAAAUGUGCUCUUGAAAAAUGUUCUGUAUAGAAACAGUGUGAGAAACUAUACAUCCUAAAUGAUGAACCUUAAUAGUCCUGAUUUAGUUGUGCAGAU